AUGAGCGACAAGACCGAAAUAAAUGGCGUGAAAGAUCCAGCUGAUUCAGUGACUGAUAGCACGACAAAUGGGGCGAAUAAGAGGAAACUGGAAGAAUCUGAAUUGUCUACGCAAGCCUUAGAGGGACAUUUGAAGUCCAGGAAAGCAGUGAAAACUGAAGAACGCAAGGUACCCAACAUAGCUUUAGAAUUGGCCAAGAACCGUACAACUUCUGUGCCAGGAUCCAGACCUCUUUCAUCAAUUCCGCUUUCAUCACUUCUUUCGGGUGACUCAACAAACGGAUCAACACCUGAAUUGAAACAGGCCACUCUCAAGCCAUCCAACCCCCGGCUCAAAGUAUGCUCUUUGCUAUCUCCAGAUUCAAACGCUCGCACCGAAAGGCCGUCAAGCCCGAAAAUCAUUUUACCCACGCAAACCUCCUCAGCAGGAGCUCUUGGUGCGGAAUCUCCGGGAAUGAUGGUUGCCAGGACCAUUUCCCCAGUUUCAUUUCUAUCUCCAGAUCAGAAUUCAGGCGCAAAGCUCAAUAGAAGCCAAAGCACGCUAAACCCGGGCAGCAGCACAGCGGUCUCGCACAUAGCGACCAAGACAAGUUCCGUACCAGCGCCAACUGUGAUACCAGAGCUACCCGGGAAAACCAAAGCACGACCUAAACAGAAAAAUGUCACAACAAAAUUGGCCUCUGAACUGGAUGCUGCUAAGAUAAAUAAUGAUUCUGAAAGUCCGAACAACGUCUCUGACAUACAGCAGCAAAGUCAAGCUGGAGUGGAGAGCAAGCCCAACACCUCUGAUGCCGCUCCAAAAGGUUCGGCCAUUGCAGGUCCUAAAAAAGUUGUUAGGCGUAAAAAAGCAAAGGUCAAUGAGCCAAAAACUGGAUCCGAACCCACAAAUGUCAUUAUUGAAGAUAUGGUAAAGGCAGCUGAACCCAAAGCGUCUGUUCUAAACCCAUCACCUGUCGAAACAACAAAGAAACCAGCCACAGUAGCAAUUGAUGGUGAACAAGAACAGACGAAAGCAGCCAAAACACUCGAUACUCCAGCUGCCAAAAAGAGCACCAAAAAUCCCACCGCCAAGAAAGCCAAUAAAGCUACAGGAGUCAAGAAUACAACGGAAAGUAAAGGUAUUGCUAAAGCGAGCGAAUUUGGGACAGAGGUAAAACAUACAGAGACAGCCGAUCAUCCAAAUCAAACGAAAGGCAAUUCGAAGGUAUCAACUGCAAAGAAGAGUGCCAAACCUGCUAAUGCGAAGCAAACUUCCAAGCUCGCCCUUCCUGCUCCGCCUACCAAAGAAAUGGAUGUUAAAAAUGAAUCAAAAUCGACCAACUCGAAAAACGACGAAACUAUAGCAAACGUCAAACAGCCGUCUAAGUCACUUGAGCCGCAGAAAGAUAAAACAGCACCCACGGUGCCGAAGGAUGUCAAAAAGAAGGAGAGCAAGACUACAGCUAAAGAAGAUACAAAGAAGGAAAGUAAAGCAAAACGAACUGGCAAUGUAUCGAAAAAGAAAGAAAACACACCACAACCUCCAAAAGGUAGUGGUGAUCAUAAAGAAGUAUCAACGCCCAAACGGCUUCUUUCUGCUCCACCUAUAAAAUCGCCAUCGCUAUCGGAAGCCUUGGAGAAAAGCCAAGUCUCUGACGAUCGUGAAGAGCCCGUCAUCUUAGUGGAUGUGCCAUUAUACCCUUCGGAUUCUAAUGAUUACCUGGACGAAAACGGUCAGGUCGUGUUCAACUUUUACAAGUUAGUACAGGACAGAUUUGGACAGCCCAAUAAAACCAAAAGGAAUCUUAUAUCUGAAUUUCAAGGCGGAGAUGAAGACGAUGAGGAUGCUGCAGAAGUUGAAGACGAUGAUGGAAUCGAAGAGGAGGAUGAUGAGGACGUCGAUUUGGAGGAAAAGAACUCAAAUUCGAAUGCCACUGCUGCCUCGCCAAAGAAGAAAUCACACCCAAUGAAAGGGAAAAGCUUGAUAGGGAAGUAUGACACGGAAGAUCCUUUUAUUGAUGAUUCUGAACUACUUUGGGAAGAGCAGCGUGUCGCCACCAAAGACGGAUUUUUUGUCUAUUUUGGCCCACUAAUAGAACGAGGUCAAUAUGCAAGCUUUGAAAGAGUUAAUGGGACAAUGAAAAGAGGCGGAAUUAAAUAUUCAAAGUGA